CCGGGCCGCAGCGCAAUGCGGAAGAGCUGGGCCUGCUGGAGCGGAAGUGACGCUUGGGGUGGCUGUGGCGGCGGCGGCGGCUGCGGGAGGCGGAGGAGGAGGAGGAGGAGGAGCCGGAGGAAGAGGGCUGCCUCCCAGGAAAGGAGAAUGGCGUUCAGCAAAGGGUUCCGAGUCUACCACAAGCUGGACCCCCCGCCCUUCAGCCUCAUGGUGGAAACUCGGCACAAGGAAGAAUGUCUCAUGUUCGAGUCCGGGGCUGUGGCCGUGCUCUCAUCUGCAGAAAAAGAGGCAAUUAAAGGUACAUAUACCAAAGUACUGGAUGCAUAUGGACUGUUGGGAGUUUUACGAUUAAAUCUUGGUGAUACCAUGUUACAUUAUCUGGUCCUAGUUACUGGAUGUAUGUCUGUUGGGAGAAUUCAGGAAUCUGAAGUUUUCCGAGUUAUUUCCACUGAGUUUAUAUCACUCCGAGUUGAUGCUUCAGAUGAGGACCGCAUUUCAGAAGUCCGAAAGGUUCUGAACUCGGGAAACUUCUAUUUUGCGUGGUCUGCGUCUGGAGUCAGCUUGGAUCUGAGUCUGAAUGCACAUCGCAGCGUGCAAGAGCACACAACGGACAACAGAUUCUUCUGGAAUCAGUCUUUGCACUUGCAUCUCAAGCACUACGGUGUGAAUUGUGAUGACUGGUUAUUACGCCUCAUGUGUGGAGGAGUAGAAAUCAGAACGAUUUAUGCUGCCCAUAAACAGGCAAAGGCUUGCCUCAUCUCAAGACUAAGCUGUGAACGAGCAGGGACAAGGUUUAAUGUCCGAGGAACAAAUGAUGAUGGUCAUGUUGCCAAUUUUGUAGAAACAGAGCAGGUCAUAUACUUAGAUGACUGUGUUUCCUCCUUCAUACAAAUCCGUGGAUCUGUCCCACUCUUCUGGGAGCAGCCGGGCUUGCAAGUGGGAUCCCAUCGUGUCCGGAUGUCGAGGGGAUUUGAAGCGAAUGCGCCUGCUUUUGACAGGCAUUUCCGUACACUUAAGGAUUUAUAUGGUAAACAAAUAGUAGUAAACUUGCUUGGAUCUAAGGAAGGUGAACAUAUGCUAAGUAAGGCUUUCCAGAGCCACCUGAAAGCUUCUGAGCAUGCUGCUGAUGUCCACAUGGUGUCUUUUGACUACCAUCAAAUGGUUAAAGGAGGGAAGGCAGAAAAAUUACACAGUGUCCUCAAACCUCAAGUCCAGAAGUUUCUAGAUUAUGGAUUUUUUUAUUUCGAUGGCAGUGAAGUUCAAAGGUGCCAGAGUGGUACAGUUCGAACAAACUGCUUGGAUUGUCUUGAUAGAACAAACAGUGUGCAGGCGUUCCUUGGCUUAGAGAUGCUAACUAAACAGCUGGAUGCUCUGGGCUUGGCAGAAAAGCCUCAGCUGGUGACUCGCUUCCAGGAAGUCUUCCGGUCCAUGUGGUCUGUGAAUGGCGACUCCAUCAGUAAGAUAUAUGCAGGCACCGGAGCCCUUGAAGGGAAGGCCAAGGCCGGGAAGUUAAAAGAUGGUGCCCGUUCUGUCACCAGAACCAUUCAGAACAACUUCUUCGACAGCUCCAAGCAAGAAGCCAUUGAUGUUCUGCUCCUAGGAAAUACUCUCAACAGUGACUUAGCUGACAAAGCCCGAGCACUUCUAACCACUGGAAGUUUGCGUGUUUCUGAACAGACAUUACAGUCAGCGUCUUCCAAAGUCUUAAAGAAUAUGUGUGAGAACUUCUACAAGUACUCAAAACCCAAGAAGAUUCGCGUGUGUGUUGGAACCUGGAAUGUGAAUGGCGGGAAGCAGUUCCGCAGCAUUGCAUUUAAGAACCAGACGCUCACGGACUGGCUUCUGGAUGCUCCCAAGUUAGCUGGCAUCCAGGAGUUCCAAGAUAAAAGAAGUAAACCAACUGAUAUAUUUGCAAUUGGCUUUGAAGAAAUGGUGGAAUUGAAUGCUGGAAACAUUGUGAAUGCAAGCACAACAAACCAGAAGCUGUGGGCCGCGGAGCUGCAGAAGACCAUCUCCAGGGACAACAAGUAUGUCCUGCUGGCCUCCGAGCAGUUGGUGGGCGUCUGCCUGUUUGUUUUCAUCAGACCGCAGCAUGCCCCUUUUAUCAGGGAUGUUGCUGUCGACACCGUGAAGACCGGCAUGGGAGGCGCGACUGGAAAUAAGGGAGCAGUUGCCAUCCGCAUGCUCUUCCACACCACCAGCCUCUGCUUUGUCUGCAGCCACUUUGCUGCGGGGCAGUCACAAAUCAAAGAGAGAAAUGAAGAUUUUGUGGAGAUAGCACGGAAGUUGAGUUUUCCCAUGGGAAGGAUGCUGUUUUCCCAUGACUAUGUAUUUUGGUGUGGUGAUUUCAACUAUCGAAUUGAUCUUCCUAAUGAAGAAGUUAAAGAGCUCAUAAGGCAGCAAAAUUGGGAUUCUCUUAUAGCUGGGGAUCAACUCAUCAAUCAGAAGAAUGCGGGGCAGAUUUUUAGAGGAUUUUUAGAGGGAAAAGUGACAUUUGCUCCAACCUAUAAAUAUGACUUGUUUUCUGAAGACUAUGACACCAGUGAGAAGUGCCGCACCCCGGCAUGGACAGACCGAGUCCUCUGGAGAAGGAGGAAGUGGCCUUUUGACAGAUCAGCUGAAGAUGUGGAUCUUCUGAAUGCUAGUUUCCAAGAUGAAAGCAAAAUCCUUUACACAUGGACCCCCGGCACUUUGCUGCACUACGGGAGAGCCGAGCUGAAGACGUCUGACCAUAGGCCUGUCGUUGCCCUGAUUGAUAUAGAUAUAUUUGAAGUUGAAGCUGAAGAGAGACAGAAAAUUUAUAAGGAAGUCAUUGCAGUCCAGGGCCCACCAGAUGGCACAGUGCUGGUCUCAAUCAAAAGCACGGCACAAGAACAUAAUUUUUUUGAUGAUGCUUUGAUCGAUGAGCUCCUGCAGCAGUUUGCACACUUUGGUGAAGUCAUACUCAUCAGAUUCGUAGAAGAUAAAAUGUGGGUUACAUUUUUGGAGGGCAGCUCUGCCUUGAAUGUUCUGAGCCUAAAUGGAAAAGAGUUACUAAAUCGGACUAUAACAAUCACUUUAAAAAGUCCAGACUGGAUCAAGAAUUUGGAAGAAGAGAUGAGUUUAGAGAAAAUCGGUGCCACGUUGCCCUCAUCAACAAGCUCCACCCUGCUUGGUGAGGAUGCAGAGGUGACAGCCGACUUCGACAUGGAAGGUGACGUCGAUGACGACGGUGCUGAAGUAGAGGAGCUUCUUCCACAGCACCUGCAGCCGUCCUCAGGCUCCGGCCUCGGCACUUCUCCAAGCUCCUCGCCCCGGACCAGUCCCUGCCAGUCACCUACAGUGCCAGAGUACUCCGCACCGUCUCUUCCCACCAGACCAACCCGGGCACCAGCAAGAACUCCAGGGCCUCCGAGUUCACAGGGUUCUCCAGCUGACACCCAGCCAACAGCCCAGAAGGAUGCUUCCCAGACCUUAGAGCCCAAGAGGCCACCCCCUCCACGCCCGGUUGCUCCUCCAGCGCGUCCUGCCCCGCCCCAGAGACCUCCGCCACCUUCAGGGGCUAGGAGUCCUGCACCUGCUAGAAAAGAAUUUGGAGGUGUUGGAGCCCCUCCCAGUCCUGGGGUAGCUAGGAGAGAGAUGGAAGCACCCAAAAGCCCAGGAACAACACGGAAAGAUAAUAUAGGGCGUAGUCAGCCUUCACCUCAAGCAGGACUUGCAGGCCCAGGACCUGCCGGAUAUGCUGUAGCCAGACCGACAAUUCCGGCACGGGCUGGAGUGAUCAGUGCGCCUCAGAGCCAGGCCCGGGCAUCUGCCGGAAGGCUAACCCCUGAAGCCCAGAGCAAGCCCCCGGAGACAUCGAAAGGUCCAGCCGUCCUUCCGGAACCACUGAAGCCUCAGGCUGCGUUUCCUCUGCAGCCUCCUCUGCCCCCACCUGCUCAAAAGCUGCAGGAACCUCUUGUCCCCGUGGCAGCACCCAUGCCUCCUUCUGGCCCCCAACCGAAUUUGGAAACCCCACCGCAGCCCCCACCUCGGAGCAGGUCAUCGCAUAGCUUGCCUGCAGACUCCUCACCACAGCUGCAAGUAAAGACAAAUGGAGUUUCUGGUGUCAAACAAGAGCCAGCGUUGCAGAAUGAUCCAUUUGAAGCCCUCUCACUUAGUCUGCUUGCUGUAUCAAAGGCUCAGCUAUCCGCUCAGACGUCACCUGUUCUAACCCCAGACCCAAAGAUGUUGAUUCAGUUGCCUUCUGCAUCGCAAAGUAGUGUUAACUCUUUGAGUUCUGUAAGUUGCAUGCCAGACAUGCCUCCCGUCCCAGCACGGACCAAGUCACAGGGAAGUGUGGGGAGCUCUGUGAACCUGCUUCCCAGCCUGCCCAGCAGGAACCCUUUUACAGACAGGACUGCUGCCCCCGGAAACCCAUUUCGAGUUCCAUCUCAAGAAUCGGAGGCAGCUGCUUGGCUGUCCAAAGAAGAGCCUGUUCCUGACAGCUCUUUCCCUCUUCUCACGCCUCUCAGUCAGGACACGAGCAAGCCGUCAACUUCACUGGGUGGUUUUGAGGACAAUUUUGACCUACAGAGCCAGUCUACAGUAAAAACAAGCAACCCCAAAGGGUGGGUAACCUUUGAGGAAGAUGAUGACUUCCUUCCAUCAGGGAAGUCAAAGCCACUGUGCUCAAACGUGCUGGCUAAUGCACCAGCUUCAUUCGAUGAUGACUGGAAUAAAGGUGCAAGGGUUUCUUUCAGUGUGUUGCCAGCCAGAAGACCACCACCUCCUCCUGCCCCUCUGCCCCCACCCAGCGCGAGCUCAUCCUCUGUGGGCCCUUGCACAACCCUGGCAUCUAAGGCGCCUCCCACACUGGACUUCACAGAGAGAUAGUUAUCUGAUGGGAAGGGGGCUCGUGCUGGUUCCCUUGAGGCAGAGUAGAGAGGAUGGGGCAUUAGUUAUUCUUUAUGUGCAAUAAGUGAUCGUUGAGUGCACUGAUAGCUAUAUAAAACACCACUAGAGGGUGUGGACAGAGCUGGAGUUUGUAUAUACUGGAAAUCGCAAAGACACCCUCUUAUUAACUAGAUCUUUUUCUUCAGAUGACUAGGAGAGAUCAGAAACCAUUCUACAAAGUGCUGAAAACUACUUUAAACAAUAGUCCUUACAUUACUGCCAGCCCGCUGUGCUGUUGGUGAUUGGUCUUCUUGGAUAUUUACCAAAGAGCUCCCAGAGUCAUGGUGGACAAUUCUGAAGGCACUACUUUAGCAAAAAGGUCUUUGUGUGUACACAUUAUAUACAUGUUUGUAUGCACACAGACAUACAUGUACACAUUUACAAAACUUCAGUCUUGAGAUACAAUCACAUCAAGUUUUACCCAGCAGUUCUGACAAUGUCCUUUUUUUCAGUAUCUCGUUAUCAAAAGGAUGGCUGCCACCCAGGUGUGCUUUGCACACUUUCACUAAUUUAAAAUCCCAGAGCAGAAUAACCGCUUUAUAGAACUGCCAUUUUUUAUUAUUAUGUACUCCAGCCCUUCAGAUUCACCCUGAGUCCUUCCCUCCCCUGUACCUCUGCUCUGCCUUUCUCUGAGGUUCACAGUUGGCAGCAUAGACAGCUACUCAGAACAGGAGGCGCAGGCCACCAAGUCAUGUGUGAAGUCGAGCUAUACUGCACGGCCCCCUCUCUCCCCUCUGUUUGCUGCUUUGCCCUGGAGCUCUGCUUGCAGCAGGGAAAGCAGCUGUUGAGGGCGCUAGAAUUGGGGGUCCCUGUGCGUUCUCUCCCAUGUAAGAGGCCAUACACAUCUAUGAUGCUGCUUUAAGGUUUUAGAGGCUAUGCCUCACAUUUGCUGUUGAUUUUGUCUGCUGCACUGCCGGUAUGCAACCCAUCUUGCUUCUAGUAAUUUUGUGAAGUAAAAGAAUUUUUACAAAAAACAAAACACACACACACAUAGUAUUUUGAUAUUAAGUAAGCCAGUUGAAAAACUCCCUAAGGUGUUGUUGGGUUGGUUGUCAGUUGAAGUUAAAAUCAUCCUUACCCAUUAAGACUUAAUGUUCUUUUUAUAUAGAAAAGUUACAUGCGUACAUGCAAGUUCUUAUGUCCAUAUGAACCUUUAAAGAUGUGUAUUGUGAGACUAGAAAACGUUUAUGGCUGCCGUCACCUCCAUGUAAAGCACAGCACACUGCAUUGCACUUCUAACGUAGAGCGAUGUCAGGACAGCAAAUGCUCAGUGUUAUCAAACGCUGUAUGUGUAGAAGUAAUCCCCUGCUACAGCCAGAGUCGCUGUAAGCAAUAACUCCCAGGAGUUUUAUAUUGUGCUUGUUGGGUUCUAAUCAUUUCAGCCGUAGUAGCUUUUAAACCGCAGUAUUACUAUAGCAGUGUGCUUCAAAAUGUGACUUAGCUUGUUGAGACUGUUGCUGUAACAUCUUUGUGACUAGUGUGUAUAUCCACUCCCCAUUAGCAAGCUUAUCCAUCCUUAGGAAACCAAAGCAGUGUGCCCCCCAGGUGUAAACCACUCUAGAGUCUGUAGAGUAGCAGCUCAGCCUUGUGGGUCUAGCGCACUGCUGAAAAUGCACAAAGGAAGUGAAAGUUUGCUACAGAAAAAACAGGACAUUGUGUGUGAACAUUUACUGGCUCUGGUCAAAACAGAGCAGAAAAAAGACACUAAGAAUCUCUGUGAAUGUCUGUUCUCUAUAGUAGAUUGCUGUUUAUAUGUAUGUAAGAGUUUUAUUGCUUAUGUGGCACACAAUAUUUAUAACUAUAUACUUUAUAGAAUUACAGUAUUAAAGUCAGUGAUAUACAUUCUGUACAUAUCCUGUGAAAUGUGCUGUCAUAUGAAAUAAAUAUAUCUGUCUUUA